AAAAUAAGCCUUGAAAAAUGGUUGGCGCCCACCACACUCUUCUGAAAACCUGAAUGUGCUACUGGCCACAAAAAGGUUGGGAAGCACUGCUGUAGACAGAUCAAUGCAAAGCUCCACUCACUGCACAGCUGCCAGCAGAAAAGCGAACGUGUUCAGAUCCAUAAGGAAUGGGAUGGAGAAUAACACGGAACGUUUGUAUAUAAAUCACGGGGGCAGCCUCGAAUAUCCAGGGACCACCAUGGCUACUACAGCACCGCACACGGGAUAUUUUAAAUCUAUCCUUGAGAACUGGGGAAGAAAUAGGUCUAAAAAGAAAUAUUUGAUGAGAGAAAAGCACCCGGUUCUGAAGAGAUUUUAUACCAAGUGUGUGACUGAGAUUGGGGCUCCUAUCGUACUGAGUGUGGCCCUGUUCUGCCAGAUGCUGCAGAGACCCCAACUGAGAUCUGGGCCCUGUUCUGCCAGGCACCAAAGAGACCCCAGACCCAGCUAUGAUGAUGGGGAAGGUUCCCUCCUUCUCCCCCGGCUCCACAGUGAGCUCCGCUCUGCCCGGCUACGUCGCUCUCUGCCUCGCUCUACAGGUGCAGAGGCUGGUGUCAGCACAGUUCACAGUGACUGGACCUGAUCGUCCAAUCACAGCAUCUGUCGGUGGGGAGGCCGUCCUGCCCUGCCACCUCUCUCCCAGGAUGAGCGCUCAGAGCAUGGAGGUGAGAUGGGUCCGAUCCCAGGACUCUGCAGUUGUGCACCUGUACCAAAAUGGGCAGGAUCAGUAUGAAAAUCAGAUGUUGGACUAUCAAGGAAGGACAGAGCUGCUGAAAGAUGACAUCACCAGUGGAAGUGUUUCCCUGAGAAUACCUGAUAUCCGACCUUCUGACGAAGGUCUGACGCUUGUUUAUUUCAAUCACUUACCUUUUUUCAAGGCGCCUCAGUGCUCCUGCAGGUGGAAGGUUAGUAACUUGUUUCACUGCUGUUUUUACUUCAGAAAGGAUAAUAAAUAGAGAGCUCUUGGGAGACGGUGCUUGUGGUUUCUCUGCCGGCCAAUUCUUUGAAUUCUCUUUUGACUUCCCAUAAUUUCCCAGUAGAGUCAGUGUCUGCUCUCAGGACACAUUGAAGGGCUUGCUGGAAUGCUCUGUACGCUGAGGCUGCUUCUAAACUUUGCUUUGCAAGUGAAGGUUAUGGAAGAGUUCAGCCUUCAUGCAUGUCAAUUAGGUGGUUCACAACUACUCCACAUGAUUCCUCUUAUAUGCACCUGCUGCACCAAGCCUGUUUAUAGCAUUGUUAAAAGGAAAACUGAUUCCCUUACCCCUGCUCACACUAUCAGCCUCCUGGGUUAUGUAGCAGCUUAUCCCUGGUCCUUAGAGAAAAUGAAGGAUCUGCACAUAUGACAGAACAGCAAUCAAUGAGAGGCAGUGGGGCCAAAGGGACUGAAUGCCACUUCUGAUCAAUUCCAACAUUUUAGGGAAUUUUCUCAGCAUCAAAGGCCAGAAUCCUGUUGAUCUUGGGGACAAUCAGAAAACAAAAAUGGGGGGAAAUGGGGGCCAUAUGGAGCUGCUAUCUGUUGAUGGCACCAUUAACACCUUGAAGCAUAACAGCCCUACUCACUCUGCCAACAGAGUUUAUCAUGUUGACACCUCCAGUGUUAGAAGAGAAAUAAUUGUUCUCCCUCCAUGGGGUGGAUACUCAGCCAGCAGGGACAGCCAGAGGGGGUGGAGAGGUCAUUCCUUCCUUCCUCCUUCCCAGUGUCCUGCCUCCUCAAUACCUGCUCCAGUCAGGGGAGAGAGGGCACCAGCCAUCCACCCUACCCUUCCAAUCUAUGGGGGAGAAGAGACACCCAGAAACCAUGGCAUGAUGGAAAGGAUGGGGACCCCAGUGUGGAGGACAUGGAAAUAGGACAGUAAACAGAGCCACUGGCAUGGGGGAAAGGGACAGCAUUGGGGGAAGUGGGAAUGGGGGUGUGCACACAG